AUGUGCCCCCCAAGACCACCAAGUGGAACCCAUCAUAGAAAGGGGGAAAUGGCAACCUGGGCCUUCUGUAAUCUGUGGAGAGUCUCUGAUCCAAUUCUGUUCCAAAUGACCUUGGUCGCUGCUCUGUUGGUUACUGUUCAUGGCAAAUGUGGUCCCCCACCCAAUCUAAGCUUUGCUUCUCCAAUAAGUGCACCGAACCAGACAGAAUUCAGAACUGGUUAUAGUCUGAGCUAUGCCUGCCGCCCUGGCUACAGUAAGACAAGUUCAAGUUCCCAAGUUUCCUGUGCAUAUACUGGCAGAUGGAACUAUGAUGUCUUCUGUGUCAAAAAACGAUGCAGUAAUCCAGGAGAUUUACCUAAUGGGCGUGUGGAAAUUAAGACAGAUCUCGCUUUUGGAUCACACAUAGAAUUCAGCUGUUCAGAGGGAUUUGUCUUAAAGGGUCCAACCACUAGUUAUUGUGACAUCCAAGAUAAGAGAGUUGCCUGGAGUAACCCUUUCCCUGUAUGUUUAAUUGUCAAGUGUGAACCCCCUCCAGACAUCAGCAAUGGGAAGCACAGUGGUAGUGAUGAAGACCUCUUUACAUAUGGCUCCUCUGUCACCUACACCUGUGACCCCAACUUCUCACUCAUAGGGAAUGCUUCCAUUUCCUGCACAGUAGAGAAUAAAACAGUAGGCGUCUGGAGCCCAAGUCCUCCUACUUGUGAAAAUAUCAACUGUCCUGCACCAGUUGUUCCACAUGGAAUCAUCAUCUCUGGAUUUGGACCGACCUAUUCUUACAAAGACUCUAUAGUGUUUGGUUGCCAGAAAGGUUUUAACCUUAAAGGCAGCAGUUCAAUCCAUUGUGAAGCUAAUAAAAAAUGGAAUACUUCUCCUCCCAUCUGUGAGCCCAUAUGUUGCCCAGUACCAGAGCUGACGAAUGGUAAAAUCAUUCACCCUAAAAGAUACCACCCUACCAACAAGUGUUCUUAUAGCUACAAAGACCUAAUUUCAUACACGUGUUAUGGGCGACAAUUUUCAGCUACAUGUGGAUCAGAUGGCACAUGGAGUCCCCGAACACCAUCAUGUGACCACGUGUCUCACCAUCAAAAUUGCAAUUUCCCACCUACCAUUGCCCACGGACAUCAUAAACCAUCUUUUCAUUUAUAUAAAACUGAGAUUGUGUAUGAAUGUGAUGUAGGAUACCAACUGGUUGGAGAAGCAAAACUCUCCUGCUCCUAUUCUCAGUGGUCACCUGAACCUCCUGAGUGCAAAGCUAUCUGUCGGAAACCAGAGAUUAAAAAUGGGACUCUGUCUGUGAAUAAGUAUCAGUAUCUUGAAAUGGAAAGUAUCACUGUCCACUGUGACUCUGGCUUUAGAGUGGUGGGUAGCCAAAUGAUCACUUGCUCAGAGGACACAGCCUGGCACCCAGCAGUGCCCAAGUGUGAGUGGGAAUUCCAGGAAGGGUGCAAUCAAGUAUACACAGGAAAAAAACUCCUGCAGUGUCUCCCAAACCCGGCAGAUGUGAAAAUGGCCCUGGAAGUAUCUAAGCUAUCCCUUGAGAUUGAAUUACUAGAACUACAACUAAACAAGGAAAGACAAACUAGUAUAGAAACAUCACCAUAAUGUUUCCCAGAGGAGGGAGAAGAAUAUG